GGCGGCGAUAUAUAUAUGAUGGUUAGUCGCCAGUUGAAACUUACAAUCAUCAGGACAGCUACUAUUGAACUUCUGCUCCAGAUUUCUUUUAUUGCAUCACUUCAGUGUAACUUCAUCCAAAUGGUAAGAAAUAACUUGUGGGUGUCGACAAAUAAGAUGAAAGAAUAGAGAGUCAAUUCCCAGCUGUGUAAUUAUUUUGUUACAAUGCAUUAGCUUUCAACUCGUUGCAAUUUCCCAUGGACAUAUUUCUUAUUUUGAAUCUGAAUUGAAGUGAAAAUUUACAACAACUACUAGCAAAUGAAGUGAUUAUUUGUUAUGUUAACGUGAAAGACAUUUAUGAGCUCCAAUGGUUUUUGCUGUCACACAAUCUUUCAGAGGACCUUUUCACUGUGGAUAUUUGGGCUUCUGUUCAUCAGCCUAUCAGGAGCACAUGGACUCAGCACGUUUCCAGAAAACUUUGUGGUCGCCAAAAGGAAUGGUUCAAGUCCAGUCACACUGACAUGCAGUACAAAGACCACAGGACAUAUCACUUGGAAGCUAGAUGGGGAAGAGAUUGAUGUCGAUUCGGGGGAUUAUUUCCAGCAGGACAGUUCAAUUCUGACAGUGUCAGAAGUAGAUACUCCCACGUUGGGUGAGUACAGCUGCUGGAGAGGAGAGGAGAUGCUGUCAUCCACCUAUCUGCUGCUUGAAGCCGAGGAGGAAGAGGCGUUGGAUUCUCUUCUCAGUUGUCGGGCAAAGUCUUAUGACUGUGUCUUCAGCUGUAGCUGGACCAAUAGUGGAUAUGAAUUAGUGCGCCUUGGACUUGGCCAAGACUGCAGUGAAGAUGAGACGUCGUGUCGCUGGAUCAGCAGCAGCGAUCUUCUCGCAGAUGGGGCAUUCCAGUUUGAGGUGUCCCACUCCCUCUCACCCUACACUGAGGAAAGCACCAUGCUCGUUAUCACAGCUGAGGCCAUUGCUGACCUCUCCAUCCUCAGGAGAACCACACGAUUUUAUCUCAGAGACAUCAUUGAACCCGAUAGUCCCCAGAUCGUCAGGUGUCAGGAGAUGGAGCAGGACCUGAAUGUGACCAUUGAUCCUCCGUCCAGCUGGUCAACUCCUCACAGCUUCUUCAGUCUGGAGCACCAGAUUGAAUAUGUGCUUAAGGAUAAUGGCAAGACAGGACUCUCUUCAUCAGCUCUGAUACCAAAGAGGAUCAGCAAGCUGAGGGUUCGCUCAAGAGAUCAGCUGGUGCUCUCCGCCUGGAGCCAGUGGACUCCCUGGAAAAAUGUAACCCAUGAGUAUUUGAUCACAAAACUGUCUGCUCCUGCUCUUUGUUUGUUUGUACAUGUCUGUAGUACAACGUCCUUCAUGUUGUCUCACCUACUGUUUGUCACUUGGCUUUUUAAUGUCUUACCUUUGGGCACUGAUGACCAACAGAUAACACAGCACCCACCAAAAGCUCAGUAAGAAGUCCACUUUUCUGUUUUGUUUUUAAAGAUAAAUGCAGCCAGUUUUUAUGGAUUUUAUUUAUGACCUAUCUCAAACUAUUUAUUUGUAUAGAUAUAUUUAUUAUUUAUUAAAAAUCAAAUACAUAAAGUCAAACACCAUUAUAGAGAGACUGUGAAAUUACAAAAACACUUAAAGACUCACUUUUCUUGUGAACAAAAAAACACUUUAAUUUUCUUGUUGUCGGAGUUGUCAGAAAUGGUUUUGUAGGAUCAAAUCUUAGAAAAUCAUUCCCUGAAUUUUCAUACAUGAUUUUCUUCACAUUAAAAUCAAGUAAUUGUCACUGUAAAUGAAUCACAAGUCAAAUGUGCAAACAAAUGAGCCUAGCUCAGUAUAACUUCACACUGAAUUUCACACCUUGUGUUUCUUGUUCGUCUUAUUUCAGUUAUAUGUGUUGGUCUUUCUGUGAACUUGGUGGUUUGGCACUGUGCAAAAAAAACCCAACAACCAUUAAAAAAAGCUUUUUGCUUCCUUCCUUA